CCCGCCUCCAGCUAACUUCCUCGCGCUGCGCAGGAGAUUACGUAUUUCCGCUUCCGGCCGCGAGCCAGGUUCCUGGAGGCUGGUUCCGGAGGGCGUGGGAUCCUGCAGAGUGAGGAUUUAGACCCCAAGGUGAUGGCAAAACAUCUGAAGUUCAUUGCCAGGACUGUGAUGGUACAGGAAGGAAAUGUGGAAGGUGCAUACAGGACCCUAAACAGAAUUCUCACCAUGGAUGGGCUCAUUGAGGACAUUAAGCGACGGCGGUACUAUGAAAAGCCUUGUCGCCGACGACAGAGGGAAAGCUAUGAAACCUGCCGGCGGAUCUACAACAUGGAAAUGGCUCGCAAGAUCAACUUCUUGAUGCGAAAGAAUCGGGCAGACCCAUGGCAAGGCUGCUGAGGCCUGUGGAUUGUAGGCCCAGUAUGAAAAUCCCUCUCCAGCUGUCUCCUUCCUAUCUCAAACCUCAUUUUUUCUCCCCUUUUUUAUAAUAAUAAACUCAAUCACAUAUAUGCAAGAAGGCCUGCAUAUAUAGAAGUAAUCCCGUAGUUACCAAUGGACCCUCUCUUUUAUUAAGUGAAAGAGAAACUGAGUCAAAAAAUAGUCUAGGAAUAGAAUGGUUAUUACCAAGGGCUAGUGGGGAGUGGGGAAUUACUGUUUAAUGGGUACAGAGUUUCAGAUGGGGAUGGUGAAAAAGUUCCAGAGACAGAUGGUGGUGAUACACAACAAUGUGAAUAUACUUAAUGCACUUAAAUGGUUAAAAUGGCAAAUUUUGUGUAUGCUUAGCUAUAAUAUUUAAGUAGUCUAGGAGAGGUGAGAAGCUUUUCUAAAAUAUAGCAGAAUAGAUCUAUGAUUUUUUUACCUGAUUCUUAUGAAAUCCAAAUCAAGACCUUAUUAUUGGAAAAGCACCUGUUACUCUUUACUGAACUGUCCCUCCCCACCAACUGUUAGAUGAGAGGAAGCAUGUAUGUAUUUGGAAUAAAUUUUGCUACUGAAAUACCCAUCAACCAGACUAGAGUGCCAGAAUCCUUGCCCAGAGGAAUCCUUAAGAUAAAUCUAACACUCCUGUUUCUGUCUUUCCCUUAGUUUUUCUAAAGGAGGAUAGGAGAAGAAUUAAAGCAGUAGGUGGAUGGUAGAAAAGAGGGAAUGGGAGAGUAUUAAGAGAUUAAGGGCAUGGAGCCAGAAAUAUCUACAGCAGUGAUAAUCAAAGUGUGGUCUUUGGAUCAGCAGUAUCAACAUCACCCAAAAAAUUAUUUGAGAUGCAAAUUCUGAGACCUACUUUAGACUUUAUGAAUUGGAAAUUAGGGUUAGAGCCCAGUAAUCUAGUUUAACAAGCCCUACAGGUGAUUCUGAUGCCUGCUCAAGUUGUAGAACCACUACCCCAUACUACUCAAAGUAAUUUCCAGGCAGAGAUCCCCACCAUCACUGCUACUUGUCAACACGCAUUCUUGAGUAUAUGAUCACUGUAGGAAGACUAGCUGCUCUGCUUGUUUCCUUUGGCCUUGGCCCCCUGACAGCCACGCUGCUAGUAAAGAGUUGGUGCCAAUCCCUGUAGGAGAAAUGCAGUGAGUAGGUGGAGCGACAAGCCCACUUCUCACCCAGGCUCCAGCCCUCAGUCUGGGGUUUAAAAAGGAAGUAAACUAAGUCCCUAGCUUCUCCAGAUUACUAGUGUUCAAACAUUGCCCCCUUGUGGUAAAGCAGCAUGAAAUCACAUUUCUCUAGUCUUAAUUUUAGUCUUUUCUCCCUUUCACAAUUACCAUAUUUCUUGAUUAGGCAGGCCUGCAAGAAGACGUGCUGGAACCACUGUUCCUUGUCUUGCAAGGCUUGAUCGUCUUCCCCUCAUCAGGCCAUGGUGAAUAAAGCAUAGAAGUAGCUUAGAGAAGAUCUGGUCCUUGCCCUCCAGUAACUUGUGGUUGGAGAAAUUCUUUAUAGACUGUGUUCAGUUUUGUUAUUUUUGUACAACUUCAUUUUCAAGUUAUACAUUGGUACUUCUGAAUCCCUUUUCAGUCCCUGAAUUUGGUCUUUAAUAUAUGACUUUUGCGUGAUUUUGA